AUGGCGUUCAACUUCAACUGGUCGCCGUUAACGGCAGAUGCGGAAUUCUACAAGCGGGCUCAGGAGAUGCUCACAACAGCUCUCAAUAAAUCGCCCAAACCUCCGAUUAUUGUCGAUGAUAUCCUGGUCAACGAGUUGAAUCUGGGUACUACCCCACCAGAGUUGGAGAUAUUGGAGAUUGGAGAUUUGGCAGAGGAUCGAUUUCGGGGGAUUUUCAAGAUGUGCUACUCUGGGGACGCUUUUCUGACUCUAAAGACGAGGGUACAGGCAAACCCCUUGAAUACGUAUCUUUUCUCGAAGCCCUCGUUUACAUCGCCAAUGCCGCUAGCUGCGUCCUCCGGUCUUACGAUACCCCUCCAAAUCACCUUAUCAGAAAUCAAGCUAUCAGCUUUCAUAAUAUUGGUCUUUUCGAGACAGAAGGGACUCACUUUAGUCUUUCGAAAUGACCCGCUUGAAUCGCUCAAAGUUUCGUCGACCUUCGACUCGAUUCCCUUCGUUCGGGAUUACCUGCAGAAGGAAAUCGAAAUGCAACUUCGGACGUUGAUGAUGGAUGAACUACCGGCCAUUAUACACAGGCUAUCAUUACGACUUUGGUGUCCGGAGUAUGGACCAAAGGAAGAAGAGGAAGCUGUAAACAUUGAGAACAAGGAAAAGGAAGAGGUUGCUGUAGAUCCAUUUUCAAGCCCACCUCAAGAUGCUGUGGAUGCGCGAGGAAAUGUUCUAGAUGCGAACGAGAUAACAUCAUUAUCGCUGGAUGGAGGCUCUGAGAUUCAUUCUCUUUUCUCACAAAAGAAUCUGUUGCGCCUCGGAGCUCUGAACGACUCUCACAGAACCCUAUCGCUCUUCACACCUUCAAUUCGGGAUGCAGUUUUCCGUGCAUGGGCUGGACCAACAGAACGAGGAGAUUCGGUAGGCACUUCAACGCCAGUAACUCCAUCUCUGCUCCGAUCUCAUUCAUACACACCAAGCUCUAGCACUACAUAUACUUUCAGCCGAAAUUCUGACGAUGGACACGGACACAUGCCAUCAAGACCUUCCCUUGUAAGCAUGCAUUCAGCGACCACGGGACUUAGUCUGGGAUCUGGUCGACACUCGAGAUCUCACUUGCGAAAGAAGAAGAACCGCGUUGUCAAUUUACGAAAGUCAACUACAACAGAUGAUUCAGCCAGUGAGUCCGGGCAAAGCGAAGCCUCCGCGGCAGUUGUCUCCGAGCCAGCUUUCCCAACCCAAGUUGAAGAGGAGCCGGAGGACAAUAUCAUUACACCUCCAAGAUCACCAUCUGGUAAAGUGCGAUUCAGGACCAGCAGUAUUGAUCUUGGUGACUCUCCCCGAAAGUCACGUAUUUCUACACCUAUUCGAUCAGCAUUGAGCUCUAAACCUAUGCCAGAAGAAGCCGUUCUUGAGCCUGCUCCAGUCAUUGGUAACAUGGAACCAACCGCUCCAAUCUUCUCCCGAGAGCACCGCCCAUCAAUGGUGUCGGCCAACCCAGUCUCAGAGAAGAAGCCAGCCUCAGCUUCAGUCUCUCAGCCAGCCAAACACAAUCCUUUCCUUGCGCCUGCGCCCGUCCUCACCGAACCAUCACCCGGCGGAAUCAUCGAACAAGCCUGGGUCAUGAAAAUGGCAGGCGAAAUCGCUCGUCGCAACCACGACGAAAAAGCUGCACGUGGCGGCUUCUGGGCAUCGCAAGAUACCAGAGAAGACUCUCCACCACCUGCGUAUGAGCCGAAGGCUUUGUAA